UGUGCAUCGAUCCAUUGUUAAGCAAAAAAAAAAAGAAAAAAAAAAAGAAGUGAUUGUAAUUUGCUAAUUAAUAAUUAACCCUAAAUCUUUAAUAAGGUCACUCUGUCCACAGACAUUGAAUCCACCUUUUUUUUUUCUUUGAAUUGUUUUUAAUAAUUGCUACCUUUUCACCUCAUAUUGAUAACUCUUCCAUAUCCAAAAUCACAAUCUAAGGUUAAUUAUACACGCACAUUUUUCUGUUCUCGAUUCAAAGUUGCGUCCUUUUUCCAGGCUAUCUAUCAGUCAUAAUUUAAAAUGGCUUCUUCCACGCUAAUCUCUGACACCGAGCAAUGGAAGGAGUUGAAGGCCCAUGUCGCAGACAUAAAAAAGACUCAUUUGCGAGAUUUAUUGCGUGAUGAUGCUAGAUCCCAGUCCAUGACGGUCGAGUUUGAUGGGAUUCUAUUGGACUACUCAAGACAGCAGGCUACCCUUGAAACAGUGGGAAAACUCUUCAAAUUGGCUGAGGCUGCAUCCCUGAAACAGAAGAUAGGCCGAAUGUACAAUGGGGAGCAUAUAAAUAGCACUGAGAAUAGGUCAGUGCUCCAUGUUGCUCUUCGUGCUUCAAGGGAUGCUGUUAUACAGAGUGAUGGAAAGAAUGUUGUCCCUGAUGUUUGGAAAGUGCUGGACAAAAUAAAGGAGUUUUCCGAGCGGGUUCGCAGUGGAUCUUGGGUUGGAGCUACAGGAAAGCAACUGAAGGAUGUUGUUGCCAUCGGUAUUGGUGGUAGCUUCUUAGGCCCACUUUUUGUGCACACUGCUCUACAAACAGAUCCUGAAGCAAGUGAAUCUUCAAGAGGACGUCAGCUGCGCUUUCUUGCAAACGUUGAUCCAAUUGAUGUUGCCAGAAAUAUCACGGGAUUAAAUCCUGAAACAACCCUAGUUUCAUCUGCUCUCGGGCCCUCAGCAGUUGCAAAACAUAUGGUUGCUGUCAGUACUAAUCUUACGCUUGUGGAAAAGUUUGGCAUUGACCCUAAUAAUGCUUUUGCAUUUUGGGAUUGGGUUGGUGGCCGAUAUAGUGUUUGCAGUGCUGUUGGAGUAUUGCCUUUAUCUCUACAAUAUGGUUUCCCAGUAAUUGAGAAGUUUCUAAAGGGAGCUUCCAGUAUUGAUCAACAUGUGCAUUCAGAACCAUUUGAAAGAAAUAUACCUGUGCUUCUCGGGUUGUUGAGCGUAUGGAAUGUCUCAUUCCUUGGAUAUCCUGCCAGAGCUAUCUUACCUUAUUCUCAAGCCUUGGAGAAGCUUGCCCCACACAUUCAACAGGUCAGCAUGGAAAGUAAUGGAAAGGGAGUUUCUAUUGAUGGGGUACCUCUACCAUUUGAGGCUGGUGAGAUUGAUUUUGGUGAACCAGGAACAAAUGGGCAACACAGUUUUUAUCAACUUAUACACCAGGGCCGUGUUAUUCCUUGUGAUUUUAUUGGAGUUGUGAAAAGUCAGCAACCUGUUUACCUGAAAGGUGAGGUAGUGAGCAAUCAUGAUGAGCUAAUGUCAAAUUUCUUUGCACAACCAGAUGCCCUUGCUUAUGGGAAGACACCAGAACAGUUGCAAAAAGAGAAUGUUCCACCACAUCUUGUGGCACACAAGACCUUCACUGGCAAUCGGCCAUCUGUCAGUCUUCUGCUUCCAUCAUUGAAUGCUUAUAAUAUUGGACAGUUGUUAGCAAUCUAUGAACAUAGAGUUGCUGUUCAAGGUUUCAUAUGGAACAUCAAUUCUUUUGAUCAAUGGGGAGUGGAACUGGGGAAGUCAUUAGCUACUCAAGUGAGAAAGCAACUUAAUGCGUCGCAUACAAAGAAGGAACCAAUUCAAGGCUUUAAUUUCAGUACUACAACUAUGUUAACAAGAUAUCUUCAGGCAAGUGCAGAUAUCCCAGCUGAUCCACCAACUCAUUUACCUCAGAUUUAACUUCGUUUAUGCGGUAACUUAACAUUUGGUGUGGCAUUUAUCAGAGCCAUUUUGCAAAUUUCACUCAUAAGGCUGUUAUACUGCUUCAAACUUUGGGCAACUUGAAUGUUUUUCUCUCUGAAUGUGAGGUGCUGGAUUUUCUGGUCAAACCAAAGGAUCCUAAUAAUAACGUUAUAUACACUGAAUGGUUUGUGUUUCCAUUUUCGAAUACAGUGGUCAAAUAGAGGGCAGAAUUGGUCUGUGAACUUGUUACCAAAGGGCUCUCUACUGACAGAUUGAAGAUGCAUUUUAACCUUUUAGCUUUCAA